UAUAAAUAUCGAGAUGUUUAGAGUAGUUGAAAAUGUGUUGUUAUAUCGUUUUGCUUGCCAAUGUGUUCAAAUUAAGCAUUUUAGCAGUUUAAUACAAACAAGAUAUAAGGUGCCUAAUGACUGUGAUACAGAACCAAGUGCUUUAGAAAAGGCGUCACAAGAUUUGUCUGAAUUAACUCCAUACUAUCCAAAGUCUUUUAACCUAGCCGGAUAUGUAAAUAGUUCUGAAACAUUGCAGAAAUUAAUUCAAUUAAAUGUCAAUCUAAGCAAAAUUGAAAAAAAACCUCACCUAGCAGAAAAGCUUCUUAAAUUAGACUUUGAUAGAAAUAUCAAAGGACACCUUUUAUUCCUUAAAGAUUUUAUUGAUUUCGAAGAGCUCGGCAGCUUUAUUACAAAGAAUUCACUUAUUCUUAGUGAGCCUUUAGAAGACCUUAAAAUAAGGAUAAAUUACUUACAAUCCAAAUGUUUUUCGGAGGAUCAAAUAAAGCAAAUUAUCACAAGAAACCCAUUUUGGCUUAUGUUCACGACAACGAGAAUAGACAGAAGAUUAGGGUUUUUUCAAGACCAAUUUUUAUUACAUGGAAAGGAAGUGAGAUUAGUGGCAUCCAAGCAGCCAAAACUAAUUACCUAUAGUCUUCACAAUGUUAGGACUAAUAAGUUUGCCUUGAAAGAGGAGAUGGGUUUUGAACAACAUGAACUCAAGCAGUUACUUUUAAAGAAACCAAGGCUUUAUAUGAUCAGUCAGAAGACACUUCUAGAAAGAUUUAAUUACAUACACAACACAAUGCAAAUAUCUCACCAAAGGAUAUUGGAAGAACCAGCGGUACUGUUAAGUAGGAACUUCAGAAUCAAGCAGCGCCAUCUAUUCUUACAGAAACUUGGAAGAGCUCAGUAUGACCCAAAAAAAGAAAACUAUGUUCCAAUUAUAAAACUGGUUGAAGGUUCCGAUACAGAGUUUUGUAAACAGUAUGCAAAAUGCAAUAUUUUAGAUUAUAAUUUAUUUCUUAAAACAUUAUAAAAUACACAGUUUAACCAGU